AUGCAUUGGGCCUCAGCUACUGCAAUUGCCUUUCCGGCGCUGCUGGCGCUCUGUUCAGGCCAGCAGCAGCAGCCGCUCUCUGAAGUCGGCCACUCUGGCUCAUCGACUUCGCCGCAUGCCAGUGCAGACGCUCCGUCCUACCGAGACGAGCUGCUCCAGCUUCUCGAGUCGCUGGUCUCAUUCCCGUCUGACAGUGGUAAAGAGAACGAGGUCGGCCAGUUCCUCGUCCACUACCUGACGCAGGCUCAGUACCAGGUGGACAUCCAGUUUGUUCCCCCACCCAAGGACCAUCCGGAUGUGCCCGACCGGUUCAACGUCCUGGCGUGGCGCGGCAACAGGAAGCCCAGCUACAAGACGCUGGUGACGAGCCACAUCGACGUGGUCCCUCCGCACAUCCCGUGGAAGAUUGAGGGCGACGAGAUCUCCAAGAAGACAAUCAUCCACGGCCGCGGCACGACGGACGCCAAAGGCAGCGUUGCCACCCAGAUCGUGGCGGUGAACCACCUGCUCUCCACAAACAGCGACGUCAACCCCGAGGACCUCAUCCUGCUCUUCGUCGUCGGCGAGGAAACGACUGGUGAUGGCAUGAGGCUGUUCAGCGACUCCCUCAAGCACAUGGACCCGCCUCUUUCCUUUGAGUCCGCCAUCUUCGGUGAGCCUACGGAGAACAAGCUGGCGUGCGGCCACAAGGGCGCCCUCUUCUGCAGUGCCGAGGCCAAGGGCAAGGAUGCCCACAGUGGCUACCCCGAGAUGGGCAAGUCGGCCAACGAGCUGAUGAUCCGGGCCAUGAGCAAGAUCCUUGACACGGAUCUUGGUUCUAGCCAUCUGUUUGGCAACACCACGUUCAACGUCGGCCGGUUUGACGGCGGCGUUGCUGCGAAUGUGAUUCCGGCCAAGGCCUUUGUCGAUAUGGCGGCUCGUGUUGCCGUGGGAUCUGAGAAGGAGGGCCACAAGGUCGUUCAGCAAAAGAUUGCGGAUAUUCUGAAGGAGACUGACGAGGAGGCCUUUACGUUUGAGUGUACCCACGGAUAUGGGCCGUAUGAAUGCAACUGCGAUGUUGAAGGAUUUGAGGCAACUGUCGUCAACUACGGCACUGACAUUCCCAAUCUGGAUGCCGACUAUGUCCGCUACUUGUAUGGGCCGGGCAGCAUUCUCGUUGCUCACGGUGACCACGAGUACAUCACUGUCGGUGACUUGGAGAAGGCGGUUGAAGACUACCAGAAGCUCAUUCUUCACGCACUGAGCCAAUGA